AUCCGUGGUUCGGGGCCACCUUCCGGACAGUUAAUUGUGUCUGCUGCCCAGCUUUCCCACAGGGGAGCAGGGAAACUUUGCGAGCUGGAAGACGUUUUGGCAUUCCAGCAGUUCUUUUUUGGUGUCCGUAGUUUUAUUUAAUUGUGUGAUUUUUGUCUAGUGAAAGAAGCGGAAUUAAAACUGUGCGAAUUGUGUGAGCAAAAGGACUAAAAAAGAAGCUAAUAAGCUGAACGCUGAAUGAUCAGCGCUUUUAUGCUGUUUCCCGCCCGGCAACUCGGUUCGAGUGGCUUUGAUGAAUACAGCAAAAAUUAAUAACAAACGGAAGGAAAGAAGCAACAAAAAGGGGCGACAAUAAAAAAAACAAUCCACCCGAGUGGAAGAAUUGGACAGCAAAGGGACUAGACCACCGGAACACCGCUGUAAAGCAGCGGGAGCGGAUAAGCAAAAUGAAAUUAAAAUUAUCCUUCGGACCGGCCACUUUAUGGCUGUUUGUUUGUGCCGCGCUUGAUGCGGCACUGAUGACCAACGCUCAGUAUGCAGGGUGUGACUACACGAUCGAUGUCGCUAGCGGGCAGUCGUACUCGAUCUACUCACCGUACUACAGUGGGUUCUAUCCCGCCUACACGCAGUGCCGGUGGACGCUGACCACGACGCCCGGGUCCCGGAUCGCGCUGUCCUGCAGCGAUGUUGCAAUCCCGCUGAGCACUUCCUGCGCUGCCGAUCGGCUUGUCAUCUCCAAAACGGGACAAAGCAACCUGGCCGAUGGGCAGGCGUACUGUGGUUCCGGCGUGCUGAGCACGGAGUCAACGUACAGCGGGCUCACGAUCGCGCUGCUCGUACCCGGCACCUCGAAAGGGGGACGGUUCUUCUGUACCGCCACCAAGAUCGAGUGUCAGUGUGGUAUGCGUCGAACGAGAAAGAUUGUUGGCGGUGAGGAGACGCUGGUGAACGAGUUCCCCAUGAUGGCCGCCCUGGUGGAUGGAUCGAAAAGCGGCGAGGGCAUCUUCUGCGGUGCUACAAUCAUAACGAACUAUCACGCAGUAACGGCCGCCCACUGCUACAUGGGCCGCUCCAUAGCAAACCUGGCGCUGCUCGUUGGCGAGCACGACAUUACCACCGGUUCCGAAUCUCCCUACACAGCCCUACUCCUGCUCGCGUCGAUCAAAAUCCACGAAGGAUACAGCAGCACCACCAGCUCUAGCAGCAACGAUAUCGCAAUCGUACGCACGCGCACGGAGAUCCUGUUCAAUGCCGGUGUUGGACCUGCCUGCCUACCGAUCAAGUUCGUCGGUGCCUCGUUCGUCGGCAUCCAGCUGGAAGCGGUCGGCUGGGGUACGCUCGAUUACGGCGCUCCCAAAUCGAACGUACCGAUGAAGGUCGCCCUACCGGUGGUGAACCCGUCCCAGUGCUCCGCGCUCUAUCCGACCUUCUCCGCCCAGCAGCAGCUGUGCACGCUGACCCCAAACAAAGACACCUGCCAGAGCGAUUCGGGCGGUCCGCUCUUCUACACCGAUGCGUACAACAAGCGGGCCUAUCUGCUCGGCACGAUCGGGUACGGUAUCGCCUGUGCCACCGAUCGACCCAGCGUCAGCACGAACGUGCUCUACUACACGCAGUGGAUAAUGAACAACACGCCGGAGUGGAACUAUUGCUAUCAAUAAAGGAAACGCAAACGAACGCUAA